GAUCUCACUUUCAUGACAAAGCGAUUGUUGCCCCGUUCGCCUUCCAAGCGUGGCGAGGCAGCGUUAUAAAAGGCAGCGCCCGCCAUGCCCGAGAACCACAACCACAACCACCGCCAUCGACAAGCAAGCUGCUCCGCGUCUUUCCUCCAACAUGGGCAGAAUCGUCUUCUACGAGGACAAGAACUUCCAGGGUCGUCGCUACGAGUGUGACAGCGACUGCUCCGACUUCCACACCUACCUGAGUCGCUGCAACUCCAUCCGGGUGGAGAGCGGUGCCUGGGUGGUGUACGAGCGGCCCAACUACCUGGGCUACCAGUACGUGCUGACCAGGGGAGAAUACCCGGAGUAUCAGCGCUGGAUGGGACUCAACGACCGCCUCAGCUCCUGCAAGAUGGUCCACUUUACCAGCGGGACCAUCUACAAGAUGCAGCUUUACGAGAAGGCUGACUUUGGCGGCAAAGCCUUCGAGGCCACGGAGGACUGUCCCUCACUCCUGGAGAAAUUCCGCUGGAGGGAAGUGAACUCGUGCAAAGUCUUCGAUGGCUGGUGGGUCUUUUAUGAGCAUCCCAACUACCGCGGCCGCCAAUACUUCCUGGAGAAGGGCGAGUACCGCAAGCCGGGCGAUUGGGGCGCGGCCAGCGCUGCAGUCCAGUCCUUUAGGCGCUUCACCGAAUAAAUCCACCCUUAGGGGCUAUGAUCUAUGACAGGAAAUGACAAGUCUUAGGAUUCUGAACUGAGGUCAGCAAAAUAAAAGCCUGUUCAAAAUGCAAA